CCAUCAAAACCCGACAGCAAUCGUACGGCCAAGGAACCGAGCGACCUAAGCGGUGCGCUAUGCCCCCACGGGGUAAUUUAGCUCCACCGCUACAGAGAAUGCUAUAUUGCGCCGGCUAAGAAUGUUGCUCAAAACCUAGACAAAACCCCCCUUUCCGUCCUCCUCUCUCUCUCUCGCUGGUGCUUUUAAAGGUCAAUCAUAUACACUACUCAUCGCUGUUUCAGGUUCUAUUGCUUAUUUUGUUUACUCAAUUGCCCUUACAUUUCUGCUAUUUCAUUAAUUUCUAUGCUUAAUGUGGUUUGAAUCACAACAAACCCAUGUGCAAUUUCCCCAAAUGAUUUCAAUCUAGGGUUUCAAUCCUUAAUACUCGUUUGUAAUCUGAACGAAAGUAAUUGUAUAUGAUUGAGUACUCCUAUAUGAUAUAUACUAUUAAAUUUGUAGUAUAUUGAUUGUGAAUCUUGGUUGUAAUGGGUAAUGUUGAAAUACCCAAUUGGCUAAAAGGGUUGCCAUCGGCACCUGAGUUUCGCCCAACGGACACUGAAUUCGCUGACCCAAUUGCCUAUAUAUCAAAAAUCGAGAAGGAAGCUAGUGCUUUUGGUAUUUGUAAGAUAAUCCCACCAUUGCCUAAACCUUCUAAAAGAUAUGUAUUUUGCAACUUAAACAAGUCACUUUCAAAGUGCCCGGAAUUGGGUUCUGAUGUAAAUACGUCGGGUGUUUGUUCUUCGCCGAAAAUGAGUUCUGGGGAUUGUGGUAAUGAGGCGGAGGUCCGGGCUGUUUUUACUACAAGGCACCAAGAAUUGGGUCAGACUGUGAAGAGAACAAAAGGGGUGGUGCAAAAUCUGCAGUUGGGUGUUCAUAAGCAAGUAUGGCAAAGUGGAGAGAUUUAUACAUUGGAACAGUUUGAAUCCAAGUCAAAGGCUUUUGCACGGAGCAUAUUGGGAACGAUUAAGGAGGUUUCACCAUUAGUUAUAGAAGCAAUGUUUUGGAAGGCAGCUUCUGAGAAGCCUAUAUAUGUAGAGUAUGCAAAUGAUGUUCCUGGGUCUGGGUUCGGCGAACCGGAGGGCCAGGUUCGCUAUUUUCACAGGAGGAGGAGGAAGAGGAAUUUUUACCAGAGGAAUAAAGAGACAUCUGAUUGCAAGAAAGAUGUGAUAGAUAGUGUAACGGAUUCCCCUAAUAAUGAGAUCAAAGAUUCUUCUGCCAAAAAUGAACCAAAUAUGUCUUUGGAGACACCGAAGCCAUCUUCUACUUCCUCAAUAUUGUCAGAUGAAACUUCACAUUGUUCUAGGCGAAAGAGUUCAAAUGCUAGUAAUGAGAUGGAAGGUACUGCAGGUUGGAAGCUGUCAAACAGUCCGUGGAACUUACAAGCCAUUGCUCGUUCACCUGGCUCACUUACGCGAUUCAUGCCAGAUGAUAUUCCAGGUGUUACUUCUCCUAUGGUCUACAUUGGUAUGCUUUUCAGCUGGUUUGCUUGGCACGUUGAAGAUCAUGAGCUUCACAGCAUGAAUUUUCUUCACACUGGCUCACCAAAGACUUGGUAUGCUGUCCCCGGAGAUUAUGCAUUUGCGUUUGAGGAAGUCAUUUGCUGUGAGGCUUAUGGUGGCAGUAUUGAUCAUUUAGCUGCUCUCUCGUUAUUGGGCGAGAAAACAACUCUUCUAUCACCUGAGGUAGUUGUUGCAUCAGGCAUGCCUUGUUGUAGGUUAAUACAGAACCCUGGUGAAUUUGUUGUGACUUUUCCAAGGGCUUACCAUGUGGGAUUCAGCCACGGUUUUAAUUGCCUUGGGCUGAGGCUUCCCAGCAGGUUCUUGGAAAAUCCUAACCGUCCAAUUGACAAUUCUGCGCGGGAAGGGAAACAGCUGCGUUGA